AGAAAAUAAAUCGCUUUCUUUUUCUAUUGCAAAAUUUGAGACUGAAAAUACUCUGUUUACAUAUUGUUAUUUCUUUUCUUUCUGUCACCCACGUGUAUUCUAUAAUCCAUGUCCCUGAUGACGUGUUUUGCAUUAUUUUAAUAGGAAUUUUAGGUUAGUUGUAUAGAAAUAUUUAAAUAUCCAUUUUUUUUAUAAAAAUGGUUUUUACGUUAUGGAAUUUAGUUGAAGCUUCCAUUUUAUGUCUAAAUGCAGUAUGUAUUUUGAAUGAGGAACGGUUUCUUAAUAAAGUGGGAUGGGGCACAUCAAGUUCGAACGUGCAUGGAUUUGGAGAAAGUGCGACAACCAGAUCGCAAAUAUUCAAUUUACUGCAUUCAAUUCGAACAGUUGUUCGAGUUCCUCUAAUUUUUCUCAAUAUGCUAGCGAUCGUAUUAAAACUGAUACUUGGAUGACUCAAACCAGAACCCUGCGUGCGCUUUUAAAUGGUUUAUAAUAGAAAGUAAGUAGGUUAUAAGUAAAAUAUUCAUCUGUAAAU